GCGGUGACAUCACAGCGCCAUGACUCCGCCCCUCUUCGGCAGAAGGAGCGGAAGUUCCGUUGUGACCUGGGAUAGCAAGCGCACUCCUCACAUUGUAUGUGUGGCAACAACAUGUCUGUACCCCUGCUCUCUGAAGCCUUGACAGUGCCUGGGACGGAGAAGGAAACGGCUGUGGUGAUCUUCCUUCAUGGCUUGGGCGACACAGGACAUGGCUGGGCUGAUGCCAUGACGUCUAUUCGACUGCCAUACAUCAAAUACAUCUGCCCACACGCACCCCGAAUCCCUGUAACUCUCAACAUGAAGAUGACUAUGCCCUCAUGGUUUGAUCUGACAGGCUUAAGCCCAGAAUCACCAGAAGAUGAAGCAGGGAUUAAGAGAGCAGCAGAGAACCUAAAGGCCAUCAUCGAUCACGAGGUAAAGAAUGGUAUACCAUCCAAUCGUAUCAUUCUUGGUGGCUUCUCUCAGGGUGGAGCUCUCUCUCUCUACACCGCUCUGACCUCUCAGCAGCAACUAGCGGGUGUUGUCGGACUUAGUUGUUGGCUUCCACUUCACAAGACUUUCCCACAGGCUGCAAGUGGGAGUGGAAACAAGGACACUCCCAUUCUGCAGUGUCAUGGCGAGAUGGAUCCCAUGAUUCCGGCGCAGUACGGGGCCAUGACGGCAGAGAAGCUGAAGAACAUCGUUUCCCCACAGAAUGUCACCUUCCGCACCUACCCGGGUCUCAUGCAUAGCUCCUGUCCUCAGGAGAUGUCUGCUGUGAAGGAAUUCAUUGAAAAGCAGUUGCCCCGAGUCUGACCUCAUUCUAGCUCACUGUGACCCUUAGACACUGACCUCUCACCUCCGACCUGCCAUUCUCCCACAGGAAACAGCCAUGAUCCCCUACAACACAUGAGCAUGCACAUUCAGUUGUACAUACUGUGAACAUGCAACACAUGCAUACCAUGUCAUCUCACACCUUUCUUUGUAAUUUCAUACAUCAGUGGACAUUCAUUAAAAAGGUGAUAUUAUGUGGCAUCCGUACAUAGAGUAAUAUUCCAUGAAAGUCUUUUGGCCUUUUCUUUAAGGGAGACUCAUUAACUUUCAUUAUACAUUCCUGUACGUGUUACAUCUUGAACCAUUAUCCACUAUCUCUCUCCCCUACUCUUCUGUCUCUUUUUCUUAAUAAGCAAGGCGGUAAAGGUAACAUUUUGCUAGACAGCUCUGUAACAGAACUCGGGAGAGUUCAGAUGCUGCAAAUCUGUGGUGGUGGAGGAAGUUAGUGAGAGCCCGGUGCCAUGUGGAGUGACAUGCGUCGCGCUGCUCUGCAUGCUGGACCCACGGUGCAUGCCUGUGGUGGGGCUUCAUUGGGAUGCUGCAAAUCAUACUUGUGCUGAACUAUCUUUUGUUCUCUUUUGUUUUUUUUUAACUAGAAAUAUGAGAAAGGCAAGCGAAAAUGGCUCAAAUAAACUGCGCAAAUGAAUCAUUCAAAUUUUCCAGUAUGCUUUGUUCUUCUAAAACAAUUACACAUAAUGAGAAAACAUUAUUUCAUUUGUGCCAGAGUGAAAUACGGCACCAAUGCUUUGAAUCUAUAUGCAAAAUGAUGAUUUUUUUUUUUUUAAAUAAUAAACUUAUUUAAAAUAAACAUUUUAGAAUAUACACACAUAACCAGCUUUAGAUUUGAGUAUUUUAUUGUAUAAUAAUCAAUGAAACUAAGCUCUUGACAUCACUUAUUUAAAAUAAUCAGAGUGAAUCACUCCAGAAGGCCGAUAAUAUUUUCCAGUUGCUUUAAAUAGCUUCCUCAAUCCUCCCUAAUUCCCUGUCCACCUCAUAACCACAUCAUCCUUCAUUCACGUGACCAAACACAUUCAAGUGUUCUGGGGUCUCAGAUUGCAUAUGUAUAUACAUUUCAGGUUCCAUAUUAUUGCAUAAAAGUAUUGUUUACUGACACGACCUAUUAAUAAAAGAUGGAAGGUCACAGUUACGCAGCGGCUUGGUGGAUUAAGCCUGCUGAUAUUAAAGAAGUAACCUUGAUUAGCUAUUAAAAUGGAAAGAUGAGUUUGCAAACAUGGUUGCUAUAGUCAUUUCUCUCACAGUUUGCUUGUAUACAUUUGAAAAUGGAUUAAAAUGGUUUCUGUGUGAUGAUAUAUCUAUACAAGUUGUUUGCAAAGUAGUGAAUGUUGCUUUUUUUAAUCUAAAUAGAUGUUCGAUAUAUUAUUUCAUUGUUAUUUUAAUCUUACUGAGUCCCUUUGACUUCCAUGUUUUCAUAACUCUUACGAUCCCCUCUUUUAUAAUUGGCAUUAUUCCUUAUUAUUAGUUAGAAUAAUUUAUUAGCUUCAGACAGGUUUCCUAUAUGCCCUGUGGCUUGAAAUGUUUAUUGUAUGAAUCAUGGGCAUGCCAGGCACAAGUUGGACAGCAGAAACUGGCAAUAUCUUUGGGUUUAACAGUGAACUUAUCAGUUUAUGUCCACCUGAGUUGUAUUUUGUUGUUGGUUUUUUUUGUCAUUUGUGCUAGUUUUAAAAAAAAUUUGUCAUGUUCUUUUGUCGUUGUCUUCUUAUUUGAAGUGUACUGAGGGACAAUUGGUUCUUCAGAAACUUUACCGAAACACCUGUAUGUGAAAUAAAUGAUGCAAAUCACA